AUGGUUUUUGCUUAUUUGCAACGAGGAGCAAAGAGGUCAAGAAGCCUGCAGAAUCGCGGAUCAGUCAGUUCGCAGAACGCAAAGUGAACAAUGCAGCUGAGCGUGCUGCUUCUUUUGACGGGCUGUGGGAUAAUUGCAGAGGCGAAUGUCAGAACAAAAAGAUCUACUCAAGUUGGAAGUGUGGUGGAAACGAUUGGUUACAAAGAAUUUAAUCACCCAGUAAAGGGGAAAAUUAGAAUCACUCUUUGGGAAAGGACCGAUCCUGGUGUCAAUGAAGCGCACAUUUCUUGCGGAAUCAAAACGGAUCUGACUGGAAAUUUCACACUCAAAUUUGAGCGACCAGACGAAACCGUUGACGAGAUUUCAAUGGCUGUAGCUAGGACCGACGAACCGUCAGACGAGCCCAUCCGCACUCACUUCCCAAUAUACCUUAGCAACCUGCGUCCAAGUUUGGUUUUCAUCAGCCUGCAUGAAGAAGGCAACGUGGAGGACCAAGAAAUCGGCAAACUGGAAGUUUCCGAGAGCAUUUCUCUGAGAUCGUCUCGAUAUACCAGGAAAUGCGACAAGUGCGGAAAGGUGGCACAGAGGUGGCAGAAGGGCGGCAAGAAAGAUGAGAAUAAACCACAGCGCAUUGUGGGAGGGCAGAAGAGAGACAGGGACGGCAAAAAAGACGAGCAAAAAAAGAGAGGUGAUAGGUUCGGCAAUAGGUUAAAUAAAGUACAAAAAGGAGAUAAGAGGAAGAAACGUGAAAUGGAAUUGGAUUGCACCAAACCGAAAGGUUUGAAUUCAGUUUGACGUUUCCAAACUACUGUAUAACAAUAUAUUAUUGUGUGCUAAAUAUUUAAUAAAUAAAUAAAACUAAAAAAUAAAUUAUAAAAUUUGAAAU